AUGCCAACAUUCUUUAGUCAAGAGUCGUUAUUUUCACUUGCUUCUGCUAUUGGAAUUCCUCUACACCUGGAUAAAGCAACUGAGAAUAGAACUAGACCAAGCUAUGCACGAGUUAAAGUUUUGCUAGACUUGUUGUCUGAUCUUCCUUCCUAUGUGAAUAUGGAAAUUGAAGAUGAUGAAACUCAGGGAGUUAGAGUGGAUAAGGAAUUGCCUCAAAAUCCAAUCCCUGAGAAGAAAAGGAAGAAUCAACAUAAUAAUAGAAGGAGAUUUAAUGCUAGAUUAUUGGUUAGUGGAAAAUUGCUUGGUGAUCCUGGAAAUUGGAAUGUAGUGAAAGAUAAUAGAGUGUUUGAUGAGCCACCAUCUACAAGUACAAAUGAAACUACUCAAAAACAAAGUCAACAGGCUGAUGAUAUAGUUACUCAUAACAAGUUUGAUGCCUUACAAGAAGAGGAGCAGGCCAUUGAGGUGAUCAAUGCUGAUAGUGUGGUCCAGAAUGAAGAGCCAAAGGAGACUGAAGCUAUUGUAGAAGAUUCCAGUGUGGUAGUGAAUAAUGGAAAAGAAGCAACUACAUUAGUAAAGGGGUCAAAUUCAGGUGGAUUGACAGAAAUACCUCAGGAUCAACAGGUUACAAAGAUAAGGGGAAAUUCUCCUAUGAGGGAGUUACAUGAUCUGGUAUCUCAUAAUAUUGUAGAGUUGGAGGUAGGAUCAGAUACAGUAGGCAAAAAGGCAGAAGAUAUCAGUUGUUUAGAUGACGAAGAAGCUAUUGCUACUGUAUUGAAUCAGGUUAUAAAAGAAGCAGACCUAUCACCUAAGUCUCAGGUGAAAGUUAGAACUCAAAAGGCUUUUCAUAGAGUGCAGAUGCUGCACAGGCACCACAAGUUUUUCUUGAUAGCUUUUAUGGAACCUUUUCAACAUUUGAGACAUAUUGAUCAAUAUAGAAGAAAAAUUGGUAUGCAGUAUGCCAAGGAUAAUUGCAAUGGUAAAAUAUGGUUUUUUGUGAAUGAAAACAUUGAUAUGGAGAUUUUAGAGGAUACUGCACAACAAAUUACUGUUAAGCUGUUUUUCCAGGAAUUGCACAAAAAUAUGGUAGUUACUAUGGUGUAUGCCAUGUGUGAUGAAGUGGAAAGAGUGAAUUUAUGGGACUGUUUGUGUAAUAUAUCAGCCACUAUGUCAGUGCCAUGGCUAAUAGGUGGAGAUUUUAAUGAAUAUGAAGAUUUUGCUUGUUGUGUCAAUUCCUGUGAGUUGUUUGAGGUUAACUUCAAAGGCAACCCUUUUACAUGGUGGAAUGGUAGAACAAAUGGAGAAUGCAUUUUCAAAAGAUUGGAUAGGAUCCUUGUUAAUGAUCCUUUUCAAUCAUGGUUUUGUCAAAUUGAAGUAGAUCACCUAUCAAGGACUGGAUCUGAUCAUGCACCUUUGUUACUAUCCUGUACUGAUAAAACUCAGACUUUUCUUAAAACUUUCAAAUUUUUGAAAUUUUGGACUGAGCAUGCAAAUUUUCCAGAGGUAGUUAGGCAACAUUGGCAAGGUGAUUCAGCUGAUGUUUUUCUGGCUUUUAAGCAGAAAUUGAAAAGUGUGAAAUCUGCUCUAUCACAGUGGAGUAAAUAUACUUUUGGGGAUAUUUUCAAACUGCUAAGCAUUAGAGAGGAGAUAGUUAGAAUCAAAGAGGACUUGUUUGAAGAAUUUCCUACAGAAGAAGGAGAUAGAAAUACAAGAUUCUUCCACAAUAUAGUCAAGGGCAGAAGGAAGAGAACUCAGAUCAAAAGAAUAAAAAACUCUGAUGGUACUUGGAUUGAAGGGACUGACAAUCUAGCAGAUGAGGAGGAUAAUGAUUUAUUUUGUAGCAUUCCAAGUCUUGAAGAAGUUAGGCAAGUUGUAUUUGAACUAGCUGGGGAUAGUGCAAGUGGCCCUGAUGGUUUAUCUGGUUUGUUUUACCAGUCAUGUUGGAAUAUAGUUAGUGUUGAUGUGCAUAUGGUUGUGAAGGCUUACUUUGAGGGCCAUACUCUUCCUAAGUCCAUAACACACACAAAUCUGGUAUUGUUGCCUAAGAAGAAUGAAGUUGAGACUUUUUCUGAUAUGAGGCCAAUAAGUCUUAGCAACUUCAUAAACAAGAUAAUAUCUAGAGUGUUACAUGAAAAUAUUGAUCAUUUUCUUCCUAAGCUCAUUUCAGUUAAUCAGUCUGGUUUUGUUAAAGGGAGAAACAUCAUUAAAAAUGUCUUGUUGACUCAGGAAAUUGUUUCUGACAUUAGAUUGAGAGGAAAACCUGCAAAUGUAGUUUUGAAACUUGAUAUGACUAAGGCCUAUGAUAGAGUAUCAUGGUUAUUUUUAACGAAGGUACUCAGGAAGAUGGUGUUUGCAGAAAGGAGUGUGGACUUAGUAUGGAGAUUGUUGGCUAAUACAGUGUAUUCUGUGCUAGUUAAUGGUCACCCUCAUGGCUUCUUUCACUCAACUAGGGGUGUCAAGCAAGGUGACCCUUUGUCACCUGCUUUGUUCAUUUCAUCAGCAGAGGAGUAUGAGAAGGUGUUUGGUCAGCUGAUUAACAAAAGGAAAAGUUCCUUUUACAUUUUUUCUAAAGUUUCACAGAAUAUUGUACAAGGGGUGGAAAAAACUACAGGAUUUUCAAGAGGUUCAUUUCCAUUUGUGUACUUAGGAUGCCCAAUUUCUCAUGCUAGGAAGAGGAAAACAGAUUAUUCUGAACUUAUUAAAAAGGUGAAGGAUAAACUGCAAGCUUGGAAAGAGAGGUUACUAUCACCUGGAGGAAAGGUUGUGCUGAUAUUAAGUGUACUUCAAAGUGUUCCUAUACAUUUAUUAUCUGCAAUGAAACCUCUAAAAUGUGUUAUCAAGGAAAUAUAUCAAAAUUUUGCAAAAUUUUUCUGGAGUAAUAAGGAAGAUGUCAAAUCUAGGCAUUGGGCUGCAUGGCUUAAUAUGUCUUUUCCUAAGGAGGUGGGUGGUUUGGGCUUCAGAUCUUUGUUUGAUGUGUCAAAGACAUUAUGUGCUAAAUUAUGGUGGAAUUUUAGAACCUCAAACUCACUAUGGGCCAAUUACCUAUGGAACAAAUACUGCAAGAGGCAAUACCCUCAGUAUGUCCAAUGGAAGGGAGGUACACAGGUUUGGAAGAUAAUGUUAGAAGCAAGAGAUAGUAUAGAACAGGAAAUAUGGUGGGAAACUAAGAGUGGAACUGCAAAUGUCUGGUUUUACAACUGGACAAGACUAGGAGCCUUGUACUAUACAUUACCUGAUCAAGACGUAGAUGAAAGUGUGGAAGAUGAAACCAUUGAUCAUUUAUUUCUGAAUGGUGAAGUUGCACAAUAUAUCUGGAAGGUUUUUAGCAGCGCUGCUAGUAUACAAAAGAAUUGCUCUCAGUUUGGACCAAGCCUGAAGUACACAACUGUGACAUGGAGAGUGCCUGCAAGUGGUUGGUAUAAGUGCAAUAGUGAUGGUGCUUUAAGAGGAAAUCCAGGUCCUAGUCCAGUGGCUUUUUGCAUUAGAGAUGACAAUGGUGAUCUGGUUAUGCAGCAGCUCAAAAGAUUGCAGAUGGGAAAAAUUUGGUUGCUGAAGCUGUGGCCAUCAAGCAAGGAAUUCAGUACACAGCAAUUUAACACUUUUCAGGAGCUACCUUCUAUGGCUAGGAAACUAUUGAAAAUUGAUAAGGCUCAGAUUCCAAAUCUGAGAAUCAGAUAUGCAUCAAACACUAGAUCAAGCAACUGA